GCCCUCCAGGCCGCUGCGUCGGGACCCACCUCUGGGCUGGCUGGAGCAAAAGCCUAAGGAAGCAGCGAUGUCUGUCUUGGGGGUAGCAGCUCCCCGGUGUGAGCUUCCUGGGGACUCAGCUUCCCCCAGAGGUGGCAGCAAUGGCCCAGCUUUUGGGGGACCUGGACAGGAACACUUUCAGGAAGUGUCUGAAGCUUGUGGUCAGCAGCCUACAGGGGGAGGACUGCCGAGAGGCCGUCCAGCUCCUCCGGGCCAGUGCCAACCUGCCGGAGGAGCAGCUGGGUGCCCUUCUCGCAGGCCUGAACAGGCUGCUCCAGCAGGCACUGCGGCUGCCUCCUGCCAGCCUGAAGCCUGAGGCCUUCAGGGACCAGCUCCAGGAGUUCUGCAUUCCCCAAGAUGUGGUUGAGGACCUGGCCGGCGUGGUAUUCGGGAGUCAGCGGCCCCUUCUUGACUUGGGAGCACGGCAGCCGGGAGCCUGGUUGCUCCACCUUGCUGACCUUCGGUGGCGGGUGGACGUGGCGAUCUCUACCAGCGCCCUGGCCCGCUCCCUGCAGCCCAGCAUCCUGAUGCAGCUGGAGCUCUCUGAUGGGUCUGCACGCCGCUUUGAGAUGUCCACAGCCAAGUUCCAGGAGCUGCGGUAUAGCGUGGCUGUGGUGCUGAAGGAGAUGGCGGAUCUGGAGAAGAGGUGUGAGCGCAAACUGCAGGACUGACCCUUACUCAGGCAUAGAUAGGUGCUGCCAUGUGGCCACAUGUGGCCACAAAGCACAGCCAGCUCUGCCCUUCCUGUAAGGCCACCUCUUCAGUGAGUGGAUGUAAUUAUGUGAUUUUCUGUUUGAAAGGUAGCUGUGCCUCUUUUUGGGGAAGUAAAGCAACAUAGAAACAUGUUUCUGGGGUCGGCAGGUGGCAUGGUGGUUAGGGUAGCUGGACUCCCAAAUGGCUGACCACUGUUUGAGUCCCAGACCUGGCACCUUCCUUUCUUACUUUCCUU